AGGUCCGGAGGCGAUUGGAUGAUGUUUGUGUUUUUCGACGCUCGGCUAGGUGGGACUUGCGAUUUCACGCAUGGCGACCGCAUUAGGAAACGCGCCGGUUGAACUCCCGUCACAUCACGCCCCGAUGCCCAGCCCGCCCCCGCAGCACACUCCAGGGUAGACGGACCACCGGCGGCGGACAAUGCAAGACCGCAUAGUGCGUGGCCGCUACUUAUACAGCGCGCGCAAAGCACACCCGCCAGCCCACGUCAUCGCCUGUCGACGCGGCACCGAGCGAGCGACGCGGGCAACGCAGACCCGGUCCGACAGCGGCACUCGCACCGAUCGAGUGACGCAACGCAGAGACAGACCGACAGCGCAAGGAGCCGGUAGCGCGAGAAGCCUGAAGCAGCCUCGAGCGACGGCCACCCGACCCAGCACACGCACGCCUGUCAGCCCGACUCGACGGCUGCGUUGCGAGAACGACGACGUUCAUGGAGGACGGCGGGCGGCGAGCACGCGCGCCGAACAAUAGGCGCGUGCCCAUUGUGUACGGCUGUUAGGCUGCGC